AUGUUUACAAUCCAGGUGGCUGCCGAUAUAUUUGGCAACAAAGUAAAUUUUGAACUUAGUUUUUCAAAUUGCCCAUCAAUUCAAGAACUUACACGCAGUAUAGAGAAUGCCUUCUCGGUUGAAAUUGCGAUCAAGCGUCCUGAUAAUGUGCCUCUGCACACUUUCCAUAUCUCGAAGGUAAAAAUUUACGACGAAGAAAAGAACAAGUGGGUGGAUUUGCUCAGUGACACGCAGCUUAUUGAUUAUUGUCAGCUUUACGCCUUCCAAUCCGAAAAUCAGUGGCAUAAAGAAACAUUAAAACCAAUUCCGCCUGCUGUGAGACCACCAACACUACCCAUCUCACAGCGCCCCAGUGGGAAUGACACCUCGCUCAUGUCGAUCGACGGUCGUGGCCCGCCUGCCUUCACGCAUGGUGCGCUUGCGCUGUAUGGGGGUGGACGCUCUGAGACAUCAUCCUUGCGCCAUGGGGAGAACUUUUCUGCCUCUACAGCGUUAGUUACCAGGGUAAAUGAGGACGCUUCCCAGGAUGAGAAGCUGCGGUUAAUUUUUGCUGAGUUCGAUGUGCACAAAAAGCGCUCAUUGGAUAUCGAGAGCUUUACUAAAGGGUUCCAAAAGCUGGGGUUGGAUUUUUCUAUUGCAACAGUGGAGGAACUUUUUGAACGCGCUGAUCAUAACAAUGAUAAUCGUAUUUCCUAUUCCGAGUUUGAGCGCUUCGCUCGAUUAUACCCUAUAAUGAUGGAUUGCCUUUUUUAUCGUUGCAAAUCCUUCUGGGAAGAGGCGCAGAUACAAAAAGAUAUUGACACUGAGAAAAACGCGGUUGAAAAAGCAGAGUAUGUGCUUGAUCAGGCGAUGCAUGCGCUAGAAAGCUCUGAACAGGAUGUGGUGAAUGCUGAGGAGUCCGUACGCGACUCGGAGGUGGCGCUGCGCGAGCGCACUGACCGUAUGCAGGACCUGGCAAGGGAUAUGGAGUCUGCUAGGCGUGAGAAGGAGGCAAGAUUGAGGGAGAAGAAGGAGCGUGAGAGAGAUUUAGCCGCGGUUAAGGAACGCGAAAAGGCCUUGCGCAGGGUCUUGCAAGAACGUAUCCGUGAGUCCGAUAAGUUAGAAAAUCAAGCAAUGCAAUUGGCUAGCGAAGCUGCAGCCUCUGAUGAAAAGGUACGUCAGCUUCAAAAGGCUUUAGAGGAAGCUAAGCGGGUGUCUGAGCGUGCUCACCGAGCGGCUGAUCAGGCUCGAAAUGAAGCAGAAGAAGCCCGAGAGACAAUAAAGAGCUCAGAGCUGGAGUCAGAUGCUGUGUCUCACCAAAUACCCAGGGCCGAAGAAGCUGUUCAUGCCGUUGAGCGUGCUGUAUCAGCUGUCGAGCAGGACCUAAAGACCCUUGAUAGCGUGGGUAAGGAUCUUGGUCGUGAAGCUGAGGAAGUGGCACGUCGUCGGGAUGCAAGCAUACGGACUGCCACGGAUGCUAAAGAGAAGGUCGCUCAGAGGAGCCGUGAAAUGGAUUUAGCUCGACAAAAUGUUUUGGACCGGGAAAAGAUGGUCAAGCAAAAGGAGGCAGACCUACACGAGCACCAACUUCAGCGAGAAUCGGUCACCCAGCAUGAACGUGCUCUUAUCGAGCAAGAGUUGCGUCUUCGUACGCAGCGAGACACAUUGGAACAACGGGAGAGUAAGCUUAUGUCUGAAGCGUACAACUUUUUGGGUAACAUACGCAGCGCCGUGCCGCCAGGAAAACUGUUUUCAAGAGAUUCAUCCACGCUUUGA